AAUUUUGUAUGUGUGCAAAAAGUAAGGUCCGAUGACGCAACAAUAUGACAAAUGUGAAAAAAUAAAGAGGAGCUCAGUUCAAUACAAAUAUUAUUCCAGACGUUAAAAUGCUUUGGCUUCUAUGUUUGGCAUGCUUUGUCUCCUUUGGACAAACAGCUGUUUGGAACCUUGGGGCAUGCCCAGAUAUACCAGGAAUGGACAACUUUGAUUUAACAAAGUAUAUGGGAACCUGGUUUGAAUAUUCAAAUGUUUUUGAAAUAUUCCAGAUUGGAGCUAAAUGUGUUCGUGCACAAUAUGCCAUCAAGGGAGAAACUAUUAGUGUUAAAAAUGAACAAGUUAAUAUGUGGUGGAACAGUUACCAACAAGUUCAAGGAUCAGCGAGGCCAGCUGAUCCAGCCAAACCAAAUAAGGCGGAGUUAGUUGUAACAUUCGAAGGAAUACCAUUCCAGUCUACUAGUAGUGGAAAAGUAGCUCCUAACUACAGUGUAGUAGAUACUGAUUAUACAACCUAUGCUAUUGUUUACCAAUGCACCACAUUCCCUGUCUGGAGAAGAGAGUCACUUUGGGUUCUCACCAGGCGACAAGUUCCAGAACAAGCCCUGGUGGAUUCUGUUUACAAGAAGAUGACCAGCCUAGGCCUGCCUGUUCAAAACUUGGAGAAAACUGAACAAGAAGGAUGUUCACUCCUCCCCUAGAUAUACUGUCAUCGUCGUAUAUAUCAAUAUAAUUAAAACAACUUUCGAUUUCAAUUUUUGAUAUCUCCUAAGCUUUGAAACAUUCACAUAAACAUGGAAACAAAGAGAAGCUGUCAAUAAUAACAGCUUAUCUUUUUUUUUACUUGUAAACUUGUAAUUUGGAAAAAUCUUUUUACGAAAUUAAAAUUUAAAAAGAAAGGUCGUCUUCAUUGUAUUGAUAUAAACACCGACCACUGCAAUGAUUGGUUUGAUGUACAAUUUAUUAUGAAAAAUAUUAAGAUACUUUUAUUGUUAAAUCCAAAUUUGUUUAAAUAAAAUAUGGAAUCCUCUU